GAAAGCUCCAAAGUCUUGCAAUGGAUCCGUGCCCUUUUGUGCGGAUCCUCGUCGGAAAUCUAGCCCUGAAGUAUUCCAUAGCCUCCUCCAAGGCUUCCCAGUGCUUCUGCAAGAUCAAACUCAAGAACUUUCCGACCCAGUACGCCACGGUCCCUCUCAUCCUUCAAGAAAGCCAAACCCACUCCUCCCACGACCGCGCCCUGGCCGCCUGCUUCACUUUGGACAAGACCCACAUCGACAAUUACAAACUCGCCGGGAAUGGCGACAACCCGGUCUUGCAGAUUGCGGUCUACGCGGGGCGGAGAGGGGCGGCGUGUGGAUUAAUCAACGGUGGGAAGUUUUUGGGGACUGUCGAGGUGGAGGUGGAUCUGAUCGCGGUUGAGACGAGGGCUAGUAAUAUCCACAAGGGUUGGGUUGCUGUCGGAGGGAGCAGCAGGAAAGUUUCGUCGGCGGCGCAGUUGCACUUGAGCGUUAGAGCCGAGCCUGAUCCGAGAUUCGUGUUCCAGUUUGACGGCGAGCCGGAGUGCAGUCCUCAGGUGUUUCAGGUCCACCGGGAUGUCCGCCAGGCUGUGUUUUCUUGCAAGUUCGGUUUCAAGAACGCCAACGAUCGAAGUUCUUUAUCUGGGCCAUCGAUGAGCGAACGAAGCACAGCAAGAAGUUGCUUAAUGGGCUCACACUUUCGCAAGGACAGAGAAAUCGGAAAACAAAGAAAGGGGUGGCAGAUAACCGUCCACGACCUCGCCGGCUCAACAGUGGCCAUGGCGUCCAUGGUAACCCCGUUUGUGCCAUCCCAAGGGUCCGACAGUGUCAGCCAGUCCAACCCCGGCGCGUGGCUCAUCCUCCGCCCCGGCGACGGCGCGUGGAACCCGUGGGGCCGCCUAGAGGCGUGGCGCGAGUGCGGCGGGUCCGACUCCGUCGGAUACCGCUUCCAUCUCCUCUCCAGUUCCGACGCCACCGCCACUCUCGCCGCCGGCGCAAUCAGCUCCAAGAACGGCGGCAAAUUCAGCAUAGACAUGACCUCCACCGUCGGUACCACCACCCCAGUGCACACCCCAAAAAGCAGCUGCGAUUUCGGGUCCGGAUCAUUUUCUUUGUCCUCCAAACCGUCCUCCCGAUCAGGGUCAGGAUCCGGGUCGGAGCUCGGGUAUGGACCUCUUCCACCACAAGCAGACGCGGGGUUUGUAAUGUCGUCUACUGUGGAAAGAGCAGGGAGGUGUAGCCAGCUGGAGGUGGAGGUGGGGGCGCAGCACGUGACAUGCUCGGAGGACGCAGCGGUGUUCGUGGCACUGGCUGCGGCCAUGGAUCUCAGCAUGGACGCUUGCGGAUUGUUCUCUAAAGAGCUCCGAGAGGAGCUUAGGCAGUAGUGUCGGUUUUUUGUCGUUUCAUUAGUGGUUGUCUGUCGUUUUAUUGCAGCAGAGGUAUUAGCGAGUUGGUUUAGGUGCUAGGAUAAUUGGAUUCUUUGAUAAAGCUGAAAACUAACAGCAGUUUUUGGGUGUUUUUUUCUCCAUUAAAUAUUGUACAGUGAUGAAUAAUUAGGCAUGCAUUAUUAUCAUUUUUUAAUCC